AUGGCUGUAAAAAAGUGCGCCUGCGAAAACGAAUGCUGCAAAGACUCCUGCAAAUGUGGGGCCACCUGCGUUAAAAACUGUGUUGGUGGUAAGAAGUGUAAAUGUGAUCAUAAUCCUGAAAGUUCUCAAUGUAAGAGUUGUGGUGAAAAUUGCAGGUGCGGUACCACGUGCGUUUGUGAAAAGAGUAAAUGCAGUUGUGAAAAAUGCUAA